AUGGUGGUUAGCCAGAAGAUAUCCAGCCUCGCAUCGGCCAUGAACGCCAAAAUCAUCGGCUCAGGCGAGAGAUCGAUGGUCCUGGCACAUGGCUUCGGAGGCGAUCAGUCAGUUUGGGACAAGAUAGUACCGGUUUUGUCCCAAUCCUUUAAAGUUUUGGUUUUUGACUGGCUUUUCUCUGGAGCUAUCAAAGACCAGACUCUUUAUGACCCUUCAAAGUAUAACUCCUUCGACGCCUUCUCUGACGAUCUCAUCGCUCUUAUUGAGGAGUUGAAGUUUGGCCCCGUCGUGUUCGUAGGCCAUUCCAUGUCCGGAAUGAUUGGUUGUGCUGCUUCUAUUAAAAGGCACGACUUGUUUUCAAACCUACUUCUUCUUGCUGCUUCUCCAAGUGAAGACUACAAAGGAGGGUUUGAGUCAAAAGACAUUGAGACGAUCAUCUCCAACAUUGGCUCUAACUACGAGGCUUGGGUGGUUGCUUUCGCAUCCGUAGCGGUUGACUCGAGAGACCCUACUUCCGUCCAAAGGUUUGAGAAGUGUCUUAAGAAGAUGAACCCCGAGACGGCUCUUGCCUUAGCUAAGAUAGUGUUUGGUAGCGACGAGAGAGAGAUGUUAGGACAAGUGUCAGUGCCUUGCCACGUGAUACAACCAGGAAACGACGUCGUAGCGCCUGUCUCCGUCGCUUACUUCAUGCAUGAGAAGAUCAAAGGGAAAUCGACAGUUGACAUUAUCGAGGACGCGACGGGGCAUUUCCCACAAAUGACGUCGCAUGUGGAGCUCCUUAGCGUCAUGAGGCGUCUCCUCGAGUUUGAGGCUUAG